CACCAUCACCAUCAUCCCGCCGUCGCUUUCUGUCUCGUUUCCCCUUGUUUCGUGCUGUGCUUUGUGACUCUGUAUUGAAGCACGCUACGACGCUGUAUCAGCUAAUAAUCCUGUAUCCAUAUUGCAUUGCAAAUCAUAUUCUUUAUACUCGGAAAACCCCCAGUUCAUUCUCUAGUCAUGCCUGAAGAAGACUUUAAUAUCUACGGAGAAGAGUAUGUUCAGAGUCAUCAUAAUGAGGAUUACGAUGAGCCUAAACAAGUUCCCUCCCAAAUCACCAAGACAGAGCCAACAACGGGACAAAAACGUGAACGAGAAGACUCCCGUGAUUAUGAAGACGAGAACGAAUAUCGUUCCAAUGCAGGGCCGAUUCAAACCAGUUUACAGACUUCUAUAAACACCCAUGGCAAUAACAUGAUGGCAACUAUGAACGGUAUGGGUGGAGGUGGACAAAAUGACGGUAACGAUGCUCUGUAUAUUGGUGACCUGCAGUGGUGGACGACGGAUGAAGACCUCCGUCAAGUCUCUCUGAACCUUGGUGUCAACGUUGAUCACCGAAACAUCACGUUUUCAGAACAUAAAGUGAAUGGAAAGAGCAAAGGGAUUGCGUAUAUUGAAUGUGGAAGCUACGAAAAUGCCAUGACGAUCAAGUCGUGGUUUGAUAGCAAUGAUUUUCAAAACCGGCGGGCCUCAGCAUCACUCGCAAGUUCCUCUCAAGGCAAUCCCUUCCGAACCCUUCCCAAAGAACCUCCCCCACGCGAAAAUCGCAAUCAAAUACAGCAAAAUCAGAAUGUUGGCCGUGGAGGAGGUAACUUCCGUGGUACCCCCCGAGGCGGAAUGCGUGGAGGUAUGAACGGAGGAACUGGAGGAGGGAACAUGGGUAUGAGCAAUAUGAAUAAUAUGGGAAUGGGAAUGGGAAACAUGGGUAUGAACAAUAUAAUGGGUCCAAUGAUGGGCGGUAUGGGAAUGGGUGGCUACAUGGGCAAUGCAGGGGGAAGCUUUGGUGGGAGAGGUGGGGGAAUGAUCCCUCAAGGACCUCGGGGCGGUAUGAUGGCAGGUGGACGAGGCGGCAUGAUGGGCGGUGCCAUGGUUCCUAAUAACAUUAUGGGUCGAGGAGGCAAUUUCGGUGGUCAAGGUCAUUUCAAUCCGGCAUUUGUUCAAGGUGGUCGUGGAGGAGGACAGCUUGGGCCCGACGGCCCUAGGAAACGGUUCAGGGGGGAUGAAAGUUGA